GUGUGUGUCUGUGUGUGUGUCUGUGUGUGUGUGUGGCCCCGCCCCUCCCGGACACGUUGCCCAGGGAGAGGCUGCACGCGCUCCUCUCUCUAGUCCCCGCCCGCCUCAGCUGCUCUCAUGGUUUCACUCCAUCAUCUCUUCUCUCCAGGUCCGGACGCUCGACGCUGCGGGUCCUGGUCUCCCGAGGAACUUCAGCCCUGGUCCGUGAUGCUCUCCGCCGGCUGAGGGUCCAACUCCAACAUGUCCACCUCAGACUCGGAUUACUCCAUCGACUGGCUCGCCAGCGACGAGGAGGACUACGACAACAGGUCCAGUCCUCAGGACGGAGCGGAGCAGGUGUCUCCAUCGUCUUCUUCAUCUUCGUCAGGAGAACCUCCGGCUGCAGCCGCUCACAGCGUCUCCUCGGACUGUAAAGAUGGAGGUUCUCCGUCACUCAGUCCACUUCAGGGAUUCACUUCAGUUCCUCCGCAGCAGCCACUUCCUGUGGAGUCACGUGGUUCAAACAGGAAGAGGACACUCAACGCCAGUUUGAACGCACUCUGUGAAGAACCUCAAGAAGACUCUGGAGAGGAACUCUUCUCCCUCAAGUGUUCCCAGCUGCAGAGCUACGUCCCUCCUCUGUCGUCCAUCCUGCGCAGCCUGAGGUCCGGACGCUACUCUGAACGUCUCAGCACUUUUCAAGAGAGCAUCGCUGUGGACCGGAUCCAGAGGAUCCUGGGGGUCCUGCAGAAUCCACACAUGGGUGGACGCUUCCUCAGCAUCGUACUGAAAAUAGAAGAAAUGCUUCAGAGCUGGUUUCCUCAUAUUAAAUCAAAUCCUCAGACGGACGACAGCUCGUCGGCCGAGAAGCAGAAGCAUCAUCAUCACAGUGCCUCCCCUCCUCCUCCUCCUGCUCCUCCUCCUCCUCCUCCUCCUGCUCCCUGCUCCUCAGACGUGGAGCCGACAGCCUCCUUCUCCUCCUUCUCUUCCUUCUCCUCCUUCUCCUCCUUCUCCUCCUCUCACCUCACAUGUCUUCACUCGUCUCCCGUCUGCUCUGUGAAACCUCUGGAGUCGACGCUCGGCCCUCGGGCCCCCCCCUGCAGCCAGGAGGUGACCCAGGUCAACGCCGUCUCCUCCAGCACCGACUCGCUCACCGGGCCCCGGCGCCGCUCCUGCACUCCCCCUCGUCUGAGCCAGGGGGCGCCGCCCUUCAAGAUCAGCUCUCCUUGUCUGGAGCGCCUCCUGCAGGCGAAGGACAGCAUCAUCGCUCCCAGGACUGUGGGAGAUGGAGGCUGGUUGUCUUAGCUGAGCCGAUGGUCUGGGGUCAGAUCCCCACGUGGCGUCCGGAGCCCGAGACGCUACAGCCUUAAACUGAAGCAUGUUUCAAGUCUCUGGAACCUUCUCAUCUACAUGAAAUGUAGAAGAUCCACAGUUUUCAGGGUGAAACUCAAAUAAAGACACUGAUUGUUGUUUGUCCGUGAGACGAAUGGUCUUCCCUCGUCUUCUGGACACGUCUCCUCACCUCAGACUGGACGGCUCCUCUGGAUCUGAAAAUGAAUCGUGAUCGGUUUGAUCAACUGAGACUUUGACUGUUACGUUCCUCGGAUCUUUUUAGGUUAGCUACGAUUCCUCUACCUCAUUCUGAACCCACGUCACAGCUCUACGACAUCUGAGACCACGUUCAGUCAAACAGGAAGUGACUCCAUGGAUCAGAGGGAAGAUCCGAGACCUUCGAUAAAUGGGAAUUUCUGAUUUUCAUUUCUCGAAGGUCUUUCUUCUUUUAAACUUUCUCUCACUCUGACGACGUCUGUAAACCUCUUCAUUGAAAUCACCACAGAGGAAACGAUUCUUCAUGUAGUUUCACUUCUCCGGGUUCUGGACAUCGUGAGACUUGGACAAACACAAACAGGGAAGUUAAAAUGUGUAAGACUUGAUCUGACUCAGGAUUUCUCACCAUAACAGGAAGAAGCAGUGAUGAGUGAUGUGAUAAUUUAUUUUGAAACCCUGUUGAACGAGGGAAAACGCACUGUUUACUCUGUGAAUUGAAAAUUGACAGAAGGUUUUGAACCGUGUGCGUCUCUCAGAGAGAAUCGAACAAUGUCUCGAACAAUGGAUUAACUGACGAUCUUAGAACUGAACUGAGAAAUUAACGUGUGGAAAAAACUUGUGUUUAGUGAAGUUGAGGCUUAGUUUGAAAGUUUAAAAAUUUUCGUUGUGACUUCUGACCUGAGUGAGACGAGGACUGAGCGGAGCUGCGUGGACUCGUUGUGACGCGUCAUGUCCCCCAGAGUCAUGUCCCCCAGAGUCAUGUCCCCCAGCGUCAUGUCUUCCAGCGUCAUGUCCCCCAGCGUCAUGUCCCCCAGCGUCAUGUCCCCCAGCGUCAUGUCUCCCAGCGUCAUGUCCCCCAGCGUCAUGUCCCCCAGCGUCAUGUCCCCCAGCGUCAUGUCCCCCAGCGUCAUGUCUUCCAGCGUCAUGUCCCCCAGCGUCAUGUCCUCCAGCGUCAUGUCCCCCAGCGUCAUGUCCCCCAGCGUCAUGUCCCCCAGAGUCAUGUCCCCCAGCGUCAUGUCCCCCAGCGUCAUGUCCCCCAGCGUCAUGUCCUCCAGCGUCAUGUCCCCCAGCGUCAUGUCCUCCAGAGUCACCUGACACAAGCUCUAUCCUCAGAUUAUGAAUCUCUGGGUAGGGAUCUGCACAUUGGUCUCUUUCCUCAGCUCACCACAGGGGGCGCUGUAUUAACGUGUCGAUUGUGAAUUAAUCACAGAAUUUCAAGUCUGAAAAUGUCCAGACUCGUUUACUCAAGUUUUCUUCCAGACGUCUCGGACGCGUGUUUGAAUCACGAAUCUUUCAACUGAAGUUCAUUUUUUCACAGUUUCUUUAAGUUAAUGACAGAAAACAGAUUUAAAUAGAAUCACUGGUUUCUCUGUUUCUAAGUGAUGCAGUCAAACGUUGGUAUUGCAGCUUUAUGAAUCGAUCUCAUGAACAAUAAGUAUAGAUAGCUGUCGGUUCAUUCUUCUUAAUAUCGACUCAGAUCCUGACUCGAUUCUGCGUCAGACCCAACACUCUCUGAUUGGAUGACGGGAUCAUGUGAUCGUCUCAGUGAACCUUCUUUGAACAGACAGUGAUGAAACGUGAUUUAACCCUGCAGCAGGACACGUCUCACUGGACAGCGGGACACGUCUCACUGGACAGCGGGACACGUCUCAUUGGACAGCGGGACACGUCUCACUGGACAGUGGGACACGUCUCAUUGGACAGCGGGACACGUCUCACUGGACAGCGGGACACGUCUCACUGGACAGUGGGACACGUCCUAUUGGACAGUGGGACACGUCUCAUUGGACAGCGGGACACGUCCUAUUGGACAGCUGGACACGUCUCACUGGACAGUGGGACACGUCUCAUUGGACAGCGGGACACGUCUCACUGGACAGUGGGACACGUCUCAUUGGACAGCGGGACACGUCUCACUGGACAGCGGGACACGUCUCACUGGACAGUGGGACACGUCCUAUUGGACAGUGGGACACGUCUCAUUGGACAGCGGGACACGUCCUAUUGGACAGCUGGACACGUCUCACUGGACAGUGGGACACGUCUCAUUGGACAGCGGGACACGUCUCACUGGACAGUGGGACACGUCUCAUUGGACAGCGGGACACGUCUCACUGGACAGCGGGACACGUCUCACUGGACAGUGGGACACGUCCUAUUGGACAGUGGGACACGUCUCAUUGGACAGCGGGACACGUCCUAUUGGACAGCUGGACACGUCUCACUGGACAGUGGGACACGUCUCACUGGACAGUGGGACACGUCUCAUUGGACAGUGGGACACGUCCUAUUGGACAGCUGGACACGUCUCACUGGACAGUGGGACACGUCUCACUGGACAGUGGGACACGUCUCAUUGGACAGCUGGACACGUCCUAUUGGACAGCUGGACACGUCUCACUGGACAGCGGGACACGUCUCAUUGGACAGUGGGACACGUCUCAUUGGACAGCUGGACACCGAACCAGAGCCGAGAGCUUUUUCUUGUACAUAGUUGUGUUUUUUUAUUCACCCCCCUCAGUUAUAGACUUUGUGAUAUUUUGUAUUUCUGAAAUAAAGUGGACGUCUUCUUUC